AUGUCAACAACAGAGAACACAACAACAGAGAACACAACAACAGAGAACACAACAACUGCUAUCGUUCAUGAAGAUAUAAAUGAAGAAUAUGAGUACAUACAGUAUAACAAACAGUUACGUCUCAUUCGUUCGGUCAAAGAUGACAUGUACCAAAUGCAAAGUAUUUUGAAUGCUCUUCGUUCUACAAAGCAAGCAUAUCAUUGGUUUGAAAACCAACAGACAAAAGAACUUUUAGAAGAAUUUCCUCAUAUGUUUGCGACCCUAGGAAAAUCGAGGGUCGAGAUUCCGUACGAAAAUCGUAAAAAUUUGCCAAAUGGUUUGAGAGGUUGGUAUGUACAUAGACUUCUUGUAAAUGCUGUUGCAAUGUGGGCUUCACCUCGUUAUGCUUGUUAUAUUUUCAUGAUGUUAGAUGAAAUUCAUAGACAAGAACGUGAAGAGAUGGAAAAGAAACUUCAAGCAAAAGAUGAAGUCAUUGAAGCAAAAGACAAAAACAUACAGAAAAGAAUACCACGUUCG